UUCACUGCUAAAUUAGGGACGGCUAGCGCAGAUAGUCCUCAUAUAGCUUUGCGCGAAAUAUAUAACAAGGACACCUAUUCUAUUUUAAGGAAAAAUGGAAUUACCUCAGUCAGUUUAUUACCAUUCCUAUUUCUGAACAACGACAGUUAACUUUCUUACUAUUUAUUUCUAGUUUCAUUUUUUAUAUUUAUAACAAGUAUGAAAGAUGUACGAUGCACAAGUUAAAAGAAAUAAAAUAUUAAUAUUUUAGCAAGGACCAAAAAGUAAGUAGUUGUAUGAAAAGUGGAACUUAUUCAAAAAAAGUUGCAUGUUUUCAUCUUGUUUUGUUUUUUGCUAUUCGUUGACGUCAAUAGAUAGCAACAGUAAUAGCUGAGAGUUAUACAUACCCCACGUGGUUUAUCACGAACCAAUUGAAUGAUCUCAUGCUGUGUGAUAAUGUAUGGCGGUAUCCAUAGCAGUUUAACUCUGUUGUUUGAAACGCUGCUAGAAACGCAGACUGGUUACAGAUAACUCGGUGGUAAUAAUCUGUUGCUAAACGUUACUUUAUGGCAAACGCUACCGUUUAUUUCAAUCCUGAUUUUUUUCAAUUAUCGUAAAAAAUCAGACGUUCUUGUGUUUUGCAAAACAUUUUCGAACACUGUAUUUACAUAAUGAGUAAUCCAGCUAGUAACAUACCGGAAAACUUUACUCAUAAACGACCAAUAAGUAGCAGAAGUGCAUGGGACAUGGAGGAUGAAGAUUUGGAAGUUCUGGGAACAGGUGACCCCUGUUACGAUGAGUUAAACGAAGCUGAUGUUAUCCCCGAAAAAGAAAGAAGAGGAUGUUGGCAUGAUUUGGUAAAUAGUAUUGGAGGUUGUUGGAGUACACGACAGAUGAGCAAAGGCAAAACCGACAGGGAAUGGUAUAUCAGGACAACCAUAAGGGAGUUGUUUAUCUACGUCAUAUUUGUCAUCAUUCUUUGCAUCUUGACAUUCGGCAUGAUGAGUCCCGUGAUGUACUACCAGACCAAAGUGAUAAGUGAAUUAUUCUUGGAAUCGCCUUACAAUGACACACGAAACAACGUUCGAGGCUCUACUCAGGUUAUAGACUUUUGGAGAUUUGUUGAUUACGUGAUGCUGGACAGUCUUUAUUGGGAGACAUGGUACAAUAACAAUCCUACCACCACUGAAGAUCGAAACAUUCUUUAUGAAAACCGACUUUUGGGAUCUCCACGACUUCGGCAGCUCAGAGUCAGAAAUGACUCUUGCAACGUCCACGAUGAAUUCAAGAAUGCCAUAUCGAAUUGCUAUGAAGUCUAUUCACCUCAGGUCGAAGAUAAGAAACCUUUUGGACUGAUGAAUGGGACAUCAUGGAAUUAUUUUACGGAGAAGGAGAUGAAUGGCUCCGGCCACUGGGGUUUGUUAGCUAGUUACAGUGGAGCAGGAGCCUAUGCUGAUCUUGGUACAAACAGAUCACAGGCUGUAGCUGUCAUGCAGGAACUCCGUGCAAACCUAUGGAUUUCUCGAGCUACUCGUGUAGUAUUCCUAGAUUUCACUACUUACAACGCCAACAUCAACCUAUUUUGCGUUGUGAAGCUAGUGUUCGAGUUCCCAGCCACAGGCGGCAUGAUUCCUUCCUGGAGUUUCCGAACAGUGAAACUACUUCGGUAUGUGACAGCUUUUGAUUAUUUCGUUUUGGUUUGCGAAUGCAUCUUCUGCUUCUUCAUCAUUUACUACAUCAUCGAAGAAACCAUUGAGAUUAAACAGAAUAAAUGCAAGUAUUUCAAGUCGAUUUGGAAUCUACUGGAUAUUUUUGUGAUCUUGAUAUCACUCGUGUGUAUAGGAUUCAGCAUUUUUAGAACUCUUACGGUUAACGGUAUGAUGGAGAGUCUGCUUGAAAACCCGGAUGUAUACGCAGAUUUCGAAUCUCUUGGGUUUUGGCAAACUCAAUUUAAUAGUGCCGUUGCCAUAACUGUAUUCUUUGCAUGGAUUAAGAUCUUCAAGUACAUAAGUUUUAACAAGACUAUGACUCAGCUUUCGUCAACUCUGUCACGGUGUUCCAAGGACAUUGCAGGCUUCGGAAUCAUGUUUUGUAUUGUGUUCUUGGCCUAUGCUCAACUGGGCUACCUGUUGUUUGGAACACAAAUUAAAGAUUUCAGAAACUUUCUUAAGUCCGUGUUUACUUUACUCCGUAUCAUACUGGGAGAUUUUAAUUUCGAUGAGAUUGAGGCAGCCAAUAGAGUACUUGGACCAAUAUUCUUUCUUAGCUAUGUGUUUUUCGUGUUCUUUGUCCUGAUGAACAUGUUCUUGGCCAUAAUCAACGAUACUUACGCAGAAGUAAAAUCUGAGCUUUCAAGUCACAAAAAUGAGUUUGAAAUUGCUGACUACUUUAAACGGGGGUACAACAAUAUCAUGGGAAAGGUUGGCAAGCGUGACCAACUUAUUGAUAUACAGAAUGCUCUGAAACUCGCAGACAAAGAUAAUGACAUGACGCUUUCGUUCGACGAAGUUCGUCACGCUCUACAACGGCAAAAUUUCACAGAGAUUGAGAUCGAGAUGUUAUUUGCUAAGUACGACAAAGCGGGAAACCGGGAAUUAGAUGCCCGAGAAACAAAGCAGAUGCUGGCUGACUUGGAAGGUGAGAAAACCCAGUUGAAUAGAGAGAUUCGAAAACAGCAGGAAGACUGUGUUUAUCCAUUUAAUGGAAGUGAAGGAGAUGUUUCUAAAGAGAUGAUCAACGGUAUUUCUGGACGAGUAGAUAAAAUGGAAAAAACUAUCGGGAAAAUUGGUGUUAAGAUUGAUAUUGUGCUUGGAAAAAUGGACGCCAUGGAAAAACUAAAGACAAAGAGAAAAGAGAACAUGAAAAAAAUUUUAGAUACGAUCUCAGAAAGCGAAGGACUGGACGACAGAACUAAGAGGGUGCAGAUGGAAAAACUAAUGCGAGAAGAGCUGCAACGCUGGGAUUCUCAUGCAUCUCUAAAAACUCCUGUAAGCACAAUAAUUACAUUAUAA